AUGGAUUUCAACAAUUUUGAUACUGUAAAAGCAGAGAAAGUUAAUGCAAUGCUGAAAUACAACAACUUACAACCCCUAAGAAAAGUGUUUCGUUUACUGGAAUUCUGUCUUGCUUUAAUCCUCUUCUCAUGGAUCUUUAACAAGCUUCCAUUUGCUGUCAAGAUUUCCGGGGAGUUUCUCCGGCAUCUAGCCGGCAUAAUAGCCAGCCCCCUCUUUGUUUUCUUGCUUUCUAACGGGAUAAUUGCUACCUUGAUAGCGAAAUCCGGCAGAUUCUCCGGCGAGAAUCACGGCGCAGACAAUGCUGAUACUCAACUGUACGAGGAGUUGGUAAAAAACACUGACAGCAACCGCAACUGUCCAAAGCCAUUUCUCUCAGAGAAUCCUGAUUUGUUAUUGUCUCAUGCCGCGACAGCGACAGCGACAGAGAUGGAGACAACAACAAAAGAGGAGGAAGUAGUGUUCCAAGAAAAACAUAUCGUCAUCUCCGAAGAGAAUACUUCCACUCGCACGCGUGAAAAUGGGGAUGAAGAUCACGCUCCUGACGCGGAAAUAUAUUCAGACUUGGAUUCUGACUGCGAAAACAUGAAAUUUCGGAGGACAAAGUCGGAGAAGAUGGAGAGGAAGAAUUAUGUGAAGGAAAAGAAGCAGCUGCUGCGGAGAUCGGAGACAGAGAAGUUGGGGUCAGGAGAGGAGAAUUUGCUUUGCAGAGAGAAUGAGUUGAGUGAUGAAGAAUUUCAGCGUGCCGUUGAUGAGUUCAUUGCAAGGAAUUUGAUGUUUCGUCGACAAGAGUCCAUGUCUGUUGUUGUUCAAAAUCAGAUCACAAAUAUUGCUGAAAUUGAGAAACAAUGUUAA